CUGUGCUGGUGUAAAACAAUUGGCUGCGUCCAGCGUCACUCAAACGAAAUCCUCUCAGGUCCUGACUUCCUCCUCUGCUCUUUGCGAUGCUGCGUGGGCGGCGCUGCGCGGUACCGUCUCCACAAUCCCUCUCUUCCUCCCUCCCACGCACGCUCCUGCCCUUGACUCUUACAGAUCGUAGGAGGAGGAAGAUGAGAAGCCGUAAUCUGUUCCUGUUUUGCGGUUGCAGCGACCGAUAUCUCUGCUUCCGACUGUGAGUUUUCCGCUCCAUCCCUCCGGACUGUUUCUCCAUGCCCGUGCCGCAGCUCAGAUGGGAGACGUAAGUGCAGCAGCUGCUGUCUGGCACGUAAACGCGCGCGGCAGGUCUCUCUGGCGGGCCAUCCCGAACACGGGAUGCUGAACGGGAGCCGUGAGGGCUUGUUUGAACUGGGCAGGCAGCUCCAGCAGGAAGGAGACUCUCAAGCUGCUCUGCACUGCUUUUUGAGCUGCCUGCUGGGACUCACACAUGUGCAGAGCUUCCACUCGCUUCCCAACUGCCUGCAUCAGAUUGCUGAACUCUACAUUGAUGACAAGAAUUAUGGGAAAGCUCUGCAGUUCAUUCAGGCGGAGAAGAUGUUCUACGAAGUGGCAUUGAUCGAGCUCACCUCGCUGCAGGCCAGCACAGGGUCUCAGGAAGACGGAACAUUGGGACCGUCAGGAUGUCUGUCUCAAGAGGAGUUAUCAGAACAGGCUUCACAGGCCCAGGAUCUUGAGAGACUAGCUCAGCUCUGCAUCAUGAGCAAAAGACCCCACCUUGCUUUAGAAUACAGUGGCAAAGCCACAAAAAUCCACCAGAGGGCUUUUGGGAACGAUCACCCCAUCACAGCCCGGAGUCUGGAGCUACUAGCCACUGUCUAUGCUGAGAUUGGCAAAACAGAAUAUACAAAUUCAUUGGGAGAGUGUGUGUCGACUCUUUCCAAACGGUUUUCGGCCACCGAGUCAUUCAGCGAUGCUCUGAGUAGCAUCUCUCAUAGCCAUAAGGACAGACACUCAGAACUGCGACACAGAAAAGAGCCAUACAUACAGCAGGAAACUCCUAAAACAAAGGUCAUAAAUGAAAAACUGCCCACCUCUAUUCUGAAAAGAUCCAACGUGAGCAACGUGGAGUCGGAUUCAUCGCGUAGGCGAAAAACCGAGAGGCGGGUUCGCUUCAGAGAGCCGGAGAUCACUGUUCAUGACAUUCCGUACUAUGACUGUUUGGGAGUCUACGACACCCCCCAGAGCCGUUUGCACCUGGCCCUCCUCACCUGCCUGUUCCUGCUUCUGUCUGCGCUGGGUCUAGCACUGUACUGCACGGACCGCCGAAGACCACAGCGGGCCUGCGAAGAGCUGCAGACGGCACUGGCUGUGUACCUGCUUCAGUUCAAACAGAUCGUUUGGGCCUGCUGGAUCUGGCUGACCAUGCAAUGACCAUAACUGACCACAGGGGGCAGCAGAGGGCAGAAGGAAAAAAACAAAAGGUCAGGAUGUUUUUGAAGGACUGUGGAGGAAAUGAAAGAUAAAGGUCCUCUUGUUUUUUAUUGCUUUGUUUUCACUGUUAUAAUCAGACUGGCCACCAGUCGAAGUCUCUGAGGAUGUUCAACAUCCACCUCUUUUAUUUUGUGGUUGAUUGAAGGCCAUGUGCUUUUCCACACCGUUAAGGGAUGGUGUGCUUUUUUGCCCUUUAUGGUGGCAUAGCUAAUGCCACAUCCUCAUUAUAACGAGUCGUAUAUAUUUAGAUCUCUGUAUGUAGCUCUUGGUCCUUUUAUAGUGGUUCUGGGUGAUUUGUUUUUAAAGGAGUAGUUUAACCAAAUAAAAAUGUGCUCAAAAUGUACUUAUUCUCAGGCCAUCCAAGAUAUAGAUGAGUUUGUUUCUUCAUCAGAACAGAUUUGGAGAAGUUUAGCAUUACAUCACUUGCUCCAGCACCCACUCACUCAGAGGAUCCAUUGGUGAGCAAGUGAUGUAAUGCUGCAUUUCCUCAAAUCUGUUCCAGUGAGGAAACUCAUCUACAACUUGGAUGGCCUGAGGUUGAGUACAUUUACAGUACAUUUUAAUUUGAUUUUUGGCUGAACUAUUCUUUUAAAGCAUCCUUUGGUCCUUUUCCGAAGAAUACUUGUGCAGCAAUAUUAAUUUAAACCUUCAGCACUCGGAAUUAUACAGGACUGUCAGUACAGAAAAUAAAUGAAUACAUUUCGUCCACAGAUAGAGCCCGACUGAUAUAUUGGUAGGCCAGUAUUAUCAGUCAAAUUAGGCAUGCAAGAUACUGAAUGCCUGUACUUGCUUUUUAAUAAGCAGUAUAAAAAGAGACACAUGUAAUGGUGAGUACAUGCAUAAUGCCAUGUGCAUUGUCAUAAAUUGUUACAUGUUAGUGCAGAGAACACUUAGACACGCAUAUCACAUGUGCUUAUAGAAAGAGUUAACGCACGGCUGGAUCAUUUCCUGCUAGUGCUGUUCUUUGAGUUCUUUGCUUCGUAUAAUAUUAGCCUCAAAGUUUUGUUUCAAAAAUGGUUGAUUUCUGAAGCGCUAUUUUUGUCUGAGGAUAUAAAUAGCAAUAUAAUGGCUUUCUGAUUCAAAGAAUGAAUUUUGGAAACUGCUGAAAUGAAUUUAUUGAAUAUUUGUUAUAUAAUAGUUGUAUAUGAAGAGUUCAGAUGCAAAAGCCUGACGUAUUUCUUUAAAAUGAGCAUUUCUUUCUGGCUACUUUGUGUAGGUUUCUAUGUAAGUACUGGUACUUCUGAUUGGGCUGAGGCUGGAAUUUUAGCGAGUUUGAAGAAAAAGUAUUUAAUGGACGUAUAAUAUGUGUCAGGAGCAUUCACUCAGUAUCAUUAUCUCAUUUUUGACCGAGAUGGCUUUUAGCUGGUUUUGCAUCUGAACUCUUCAUAUAUAUGUAAGAAUGCAGUUAAUACAUACAAUGACUUGAAUACACCUCUUUGAUGUUUUUGUUAAAGUUAAAUUUGUAAAAUGUCAUUUGGUGCAACUCCCAAAAAAACUUGAUAAAAAUUAUAUUUAAUUAAUUAUUAAAAAAAAAAAGCAAAAUAAUACAUAGAAUUUUUUUAAUGAUUUUUUUGAUGUAAUUAUUAAAAUGGUUUACACAUAUGAGGAAAAUGUGUUAUUACUUUUUACUUGAUAAUUAAACCACAUGAUGAUUUUAAGAUCAUUCAAUUAUUAUUAUUAUUAUUAUUUUUUUUUCAUUUUUAAUUUUUAAUUUUUUUUAGAAUUUUCAGGAUCAUAUGUAUGGAAGCCCUUUUCCACCACUGAAUAAAAAAAAAAAUUACAAAUCUUACAAUUCUGACUUUUUUUCUUAAAAUUGUUUGAUACAAAUUUCACAAUUCUGAAUUUGUGAUAUAAACUUGCGAUUGCGAGUUAUAAAAUCAGAACUGCGAGACAGAAACUCGCAAUUCUGAGAAAUAAAGUCGCAAUUUUGAUUUUAUAAUAAUCUUUUUUCUCAGAAUUGCGUGAUAUAAAUUCGCAAUCACAAGUUAUAAAGUCAGAAUUGCGAGAUAGAAUUUUGCAAAUCUUUUUUUCUCAGAAUUGCGAGAUAGAAACGUUAAGUCAGAAUUAUGAGAUACCGUAUAAACUCACAAUUUUAAGAACAUAUCAGUCUUUAACCUCAAAACUGGACUUUAUAACUCAAAAUUUCAAGGUUAUAUCUCACAGUUCUGAAUAAAACAAAAAAAAUACAGAAUAGCUUAAAAAAAGUCAGAAUUGUGAGAUAUAAAGGCACUUUUGCAAGAAAUAAGUCAGAAUUGCAAGUUUUUAUUUCACAAUUCUGACUUUAUUUCUCAGAAUUGCCUUAUAUAAACUCACAAGUUAGAAUUAUACCAAUAAACUUUUUUUUAAUUGUUUUAUUCAGUGUCGGAAACGGGCUAUCCAUACAUAUGAAACCAACAUGAAUAUGAAGAUUACAUUUCUAAGAGCUUGACUCAUUUUAAAUUUAGUCACUUUUUUUUAUCGUGAACACUCUUUUAUGUCGUUUACCCAUUGUUGGCUUGGACCCAAAAUCAGUCGGGCUCUACAGAAUGUGCACACUGUAUUCUCUAUGAACCAAUGUAUCACAUAUGAGCUUUUUAAUGUCAGAUAAUAUUUCAUUUAUUCAAGGCUUUUAUUUUUAAUGCACUUGCUGUACAUAAUGUGGUUGAAUGUGUCUGUGGAAUGCAAGACAAUGCUAUUUAUUUUACUAUUAAUCAAAUAGGUUUAGAAUACAAAUAUGCGUUUUAUGCAUUUAUCAAACAUGUAUAUGGCACUAAUCAUUGUUAAAGAAUAUAUUUCAAUGUAAAUGUGAAAAGAGAACUGGCACAACGACGACACCUUUAGCAUUUAUCUACUUUAAGAGUUGAAACGAAGGGCAAAGCUGUUCUGUUAAGCACAAACGUUUCCAUCUGCCACAAUAAUUCUCUCAGAAAAGAGAUAUAUAAGACUGUUGAAGGAUGUGUUGGCCAUAUUUUGUGUCAUGCACUGCCAGAUUUAACUGGCAAAUGAAAGAAUGCCAUUUUAAAUAGCUGAACGCUUUAUACUCGCACUAUUUAUGUUUAUAUUUUACAUAAACCUGUACCGGCAUCUUGGCUUAAGGCUAAUAAUGGUGCAGUCAUUUGUUUUGCUAUGUUUUAUAAGAAUUUUCUUUUUCUAUCUUUUUUACUGUUCCACUCAAGUUUUACACUUUUAGUCUCUUACUCUUGCUUUAUAGCAGCAGCUGUUCAGUAUCUAUUUUUCUAGUUUUUAAGCAAGCAUUUUCUAUCAAACUAUAUCAGCCUUUGGUUUCUAGUGUCAAAAAAUGCUUAUUUUCUUCAUUAGCACACAAGUUGACAUCUAUUGCUUGAAUUAAAGGGACAGUACACCCAAAAUGUAAAAUUCUGUCAUCAUGAAGAGAUAUUACACACACACACACCUAUUCGAAAGUUUGUGGUCAGUAAAGUUUAUGUAUGAAGAAAUUUGUAUUUUUAUUCAGAAAGAAUGCAUUGAAUUGAUCAAAAAUGACAGUAAAGAUAAUUGUAACGUUCCAGCAUAUUUCUUUUAUGUUUGUUUGGCAGAAAAUCAACAUUUUAGAAUGAUUUCUGAAGGAUCAUGUGACACUGUUGCUGAAAAUUCAGCUUUAUCAUCACAGGAAUAAAUUGCAUUUAAAAUAUAUUAAAAUAGGAAACAGUAGUUUUAAAUUGUAUUAAUGUGUUUCACAUUUUACUGCAUUUUUGAUCAAAUAAAUAUGGAAGCCCGUUUCCACCACUGAAUAAAAAAAUAAAAAAUGUAAUUGCGACUUUUUAUCUCACAAUUCUGACUUUUUUU